AUUUAAGAGAGCUGUGAGAGGGAAAAAAAAUAGUAAUUUGACUUUAUAAGAGUAUUUUUGGAAAAGAAUGUAAGUUUUGAUAUGGAAGCUAAAAAUAGCCCUGGCGUUAACUAAUAUACCUGCAAAACGCGAAAGCAAUAUGCAACCUUAAAUAAAUUAAAAAGAAAAAAAAAGCAAAGGGAAAACCCAGGAGGAAGCGUAUGAGCGCGCAAAAGUGAAGGCAAAAAAGAAAAAGAUGUGGGAAUCGAUCUGCUUAACCGUCGCAGCCACCGCCGGCAACAACAUCGGCAAAGUUCUUCAGAAGAAAGGCACCCUCAUUCUCCCUCCUCUCUCUUUCAAGCUCAAGGUUAUAAGAGCAUAUGCUUCCAAUAAAGCUUGGGUUGUGGGUUUUAUCAUGGAUAUAUUUGGAGCCAUGUUGAUGCUGCGAGCACUGUCUCUGGCCCCAGUUUCCGUUAUUCAACCUGUUUCUGGCUGUGGACUUGCUAUACUCUCAGUGUUUUCCCAUUUUUAUCUGAAAGAGAUCAUGAACGCAGUUGACUGGAUUGGAAUUAUUCUUGCCGGUAUCGGCACCAUAGGUGUUGGAGCUGGGGGAGAGGAGCAAAAGUCAUCCUCCAUCUCAAUUUUCCGUAUCCUGUGGCUAGCGUGUGGCGUUGCUAUCUUGUUUGUUCUUCUCAAUGGAUGGCUUCGAAUAUACCGACGUCAUCGAAGAGAGCAAGAAUUGGUGCAAUAUGAAGUUAUUGAGGAAGUAAUUUAUGGCUUGGAAUCUGGCAUUUUGUUUGGGAUAUCGUCGGUAAUAUCCAAGAUAGGAUUUGUGCUGUUGGAGCAGGGGCUCUCAAAAUUAAUAGUUCCCGUAUGCAUUUCAAUGAGUAUAUGCUGCAGCGCUUUUGGAUUUGUUUAUCAGACAAGGGGUUUGAAGCACGGCAGGGCCAUUGUUGUGUCCACUUGUGCUGCUGUUGCAUCGAUUGUGACCGGUGUACUGGCUGGUAUGCUUGCUUUGGGUGAACAGUUGCCUUCAGCACCUGUUGCUCGUUUUUGUCUUUUGCUGGGGUGGUAAGUGGUGAUUAUCUUCAGUUGUGGACCUUUCUUAUUUAUUACUCGGAUAAGUAGUACAUGUUGCCAAGUGUUAUGAAUCUGUCUUGUACUUGUGGAAAAAUGUAUGGGGUCGGAGUUAUUGCUUUCUCCUGUUUCUUGCAUAUCUUUCUCCUGCUUCUGCUUUUGAGGUUCUAAGCUAAGACACUUGAUGUUUGUUACGCAGGUUGUUCAUCAUUUCUGGUGUGGUUUUGCUAGUAGCUUCUGCAAGGCUAGUUCGGUACCUUCCACGCCCGUGGCGACGCAUUUUAUUAAGCAGUGUAGAGAGAAACGCUGGCCUCAGGCAUUCAAGUUCCACACGACCUAGAGAACAGAAUCACAGUACUGUUAUUCAAGCAAGUACAUUGCAUCAUCUAAUGACGUCUCCCAAAGCAAAACCUUGAAGUAUCCAACUCAGAUGGAAAACUGUCCCUGCUUUAGCUGCUGCAGUGCUACUGUAAAUGAGCUGACACAGAAACUUAGGUAUUCGUUCUCUUCUUGAUUAUGGAGUGUACAGGGUGGAUUUGAAAGUAUUUUCUGCUCAACAACUGACAGUUGGGUGGAGUUUGAACGGCAAUCAGGAGUGCAUUAUUGAUCCCUCUUUUGUUUCCUUGUACCCAUGAUUCACUUGCUUUAGUUCAUGAUCAUGAGACUACUACUUUUGAUUUGACAAAAUAUGGAACCAAAAGCAAAGGGAAAAAAGCCAUUUCUAGAUUAUGACUACUUAGUUGUGCAACUUGUGAAGCUUGUUUUCAAGGGUUUUCCAAUUUCCACGUCCCAAGUUUUGAGCUUUGGAUAUAUUGUCCGACCAAAACCCACUGAGGUGGUGAAAGGGCAAAAUAUUGCUGCUCGGAAGAAGCACAAAAAUGGGGUCAUCUCCGAGGGGGAGUCUCUCUAAAAUUUUGAGGACAAGGGAGGGCCUGCCGACUUUUAUGAUGCCCCUACCGCAAUUGGUUAGCGUCCAUUUCUUACAAUAUGCUGGGCUUCUCCUGGCAGGUUGAUCGAUUAUUGCAUAGAUGAACAGAAAUAACGCCUCAAUAACAAAGGAACAGUGGAACAGUUGCUAGCAAUUGCAAUCGAUGUUAUUGGAAUAGGUCUUAAAAAUUGGCUGAGCCAAUAAGAACUUAACACCAAAAUUUUUGGGUAAAACCACACCAUUUUUUUCACGUGCAGCUCUUUCAAAGUUUCACUGUUCUAAAACCACCGCGUUGUUAAUGGGAAUAACAUCACGCAAGUUCAACAAUGUGCGCCUCUCCAUUCCUUUCAUCAUUUUUCUAAACCUGAGGUUAAUGAAUAAGAAUUUUGGACUUAAUUCUGGUCGUUGUCAACUAGCUGUGGAUUGAAUGAUUCUAUUGUAUUAGACCUCUCGCUCGGUUUAACUAGUCUGGAUCCAACCGGCUUGUAGAACUUUUUGAUCGUUUCCCAACAAAUAGUUUACAUUCGGCUCAAAAAAGUUCUGAAGGUGACGUGUUAUAUCUUUUUACGAAUUUCUUUCCAUUUGAUCAUUUGCAAAUAUAAUUUAGAUCUGACUCGGGUUAUCUUGAAAUGAAUAUUACCAAUUUCGUCCCACAUAAUUUUGUUGGAGAACUGUCUGUCGAAGUUAAUCACUCAGGAAGUCCGCUGGAGAACUGAGCUAUGCCUUGGACUGAAAAGAACUAGGCAUCAAGAAACAAUUUUGGCCGAAAUAUUUUAAGUGUAUAGUAGUAAAUAUACAGAGUAGUGGAUGAGUUUGUAAUAGAGACAUUAUUUGGUUGUAAAUAUGCUCUAUUUUCCAAUUAAUGAAAUAUUUA